AAAAAUGAAUAAUAAAAAUCAAAAUUUGAUGGAUAUUUUGAAGGCUAAUGAUUAUGAUUUGGCCGAGGAUGAAACGGCUUUUAGUCCUCAUUUGUCGGAGUUGUCGCGACCAGUCAUUAAACGUGUACGUGCUUUGAAAAAACUUCAAUUGGAAUCGUUGCAAGUUGAAACUCAAUUCUAUCAGAAGGUUUAUGAGCUUGAAAAGCAAUUCCAACCGCUGUUCGAUGCUGUCAACGCAAAGAGACGUGCUAUUGUUGCUGGAGAACAUGAACCUACUGAUGAAGAAGCCGAUACUCCGCUAUUGCAUGGAGUUACUCAGGAGACUUUGGAGAAAAUUGAACAAGAUGCGCCUGUUGAAGGAGGCGAGCCUUCUAAGGGAGUUCCUUCUUUUUGGUAUAAUGUUUUGAAUAGUGUUACUCAUACGGCUGAUAUGAUUAAGGAAUGUGAUCAACCAAUACUUCAAUAUUUGAUUGAUAUAACGAGCGAAUCGCAUGAGAAUACUCCGGGAUUUACUCUUUCAUUCCAUUUCGCCAAGAAUCCGUACUUUACCGAUUCUGUUUUGCAGAAGCAUUACCAAUUGCAAAUUGGAUUGAGUGAGGAUGAUCCGUUUGAUUAUGAUGGACCAACAGUUGUUAAAAGCAAAGGUUGCGAAAUUAAUUGGAAUGCUGGUAAAGAUGUGACUACAAAAAUUAUCAAAACCAAAAAGAAGAAAGGACCUAGUGCCGGAAAAUUUGUCACGAAAACGGUUAAAAAUGAAAGUUUUUUCAACUUCUUUGAAAAUGUUGAGCAAGCUUUGGAUGAUGAUUUGGAGAAGGAGGACGAGGAGAAGAUCCGUGAUGAUUUUGAGACUGGACAAAUUAUUCGGGAUCAGGUUGUUUCGCGUGCGGUCUUGUUCUUCACUGGCGAAGCUACGGAUGAUAUGGAUGACUUUGAUGAUGAGGAAGACGACGAGGAUGAUGAAGAUGGGGAGGACGAUAAUGAUGGUAUUCAUGACGACUCGGAUUUGUCUGAUGGUGGUGGUCACGAAACUGUUCGUCUUGGCGGAGCUGGUGGUGAAACUAUUCGUGUUUUUAAGCGUUGA